GCAAAUACACAUUAACCAAAUAAUACGAUCGCUGGCGUACGAGAAAAGUUGUAUGUGUUAAAUAUAUCGGUUCGAGUGAAACCACGCCUACUGAAGACGUCAAUAGGCAGUGCCGUAAUUCACAGAUACGCAUGGGAAAACACUCCUGCAUUCGUAACCUAUAAGACCGGCGCAGACGCAUCUCGAGGAAAUUGGUUUCUGGGGUUUCUGGUCUGGAGGUCGAUGAUAUCAACAACAAAUUUUCUGUUUAAAAUGACAAAACACAUAUUACUAACUUUCGUUUUGCUGUCUUUAUGGAGCAUCGUUAGCACUGAAAACAUCUUAACGUCUCAGGUGUUCGUCAUUCCGAUAUCUCCUGAUAUUUUUGGGUGGAAUAUGGAAGGUUUUUAUACACGUCGAUUUUCUUAUCAAUCAUCACUACUUAAUGCACCAGAUUUACCAUCAUGGAUUCAUUAUGUCUAUAGUGAAAGAGCUCGACAAGGAUAUUUGUAUGGAGUUCCUCCAAGAAGUCAACAAGAUUUUAAACUGGAAAUCAUUGGCUUAGAUAAAAAGACUUACGAGACGAAAAACAAGAUCUUAGAUUUAAAAAUCCUGGAAAAUGAAAAUCUGACCAAGUAUGAAAUACAAUUGAAAAUAGACAAUCUAAAUGUGGAGGAUAUGUUGGAUUCAAAAAGGGUAGAUGAACUCCUUGAUGUAUUCAGAAAGAAACUUUGGAAAGAAGCCGCAGACUUGCAACUGACUUUUUUGGUAUCGGCAGUGGAACUUGGUGCUCGGUUGCCACUCCAACCUGGUGAAGGCGAAGGAGUUGUCCUGAGGCUUGGGAGCUCAACUGCUUUUUCCAACGAUCUUCAACUUUUAGAAAAUGAAGUAAAACCACUUCGAAAGAAAUCUUCAUGUCCAAGGGACUACAAAAGGACUAGUGUAGAAACUCAUUUCAGAAGUGCAGACUUUAUUUUGGAUUGGUGUUCUUUCAGAUUGAUUGACGAAAGCCACGAUUUGCAUCAAGAGAGUGCAAGACGAGGUCCCAGUAUGAAUGUCAUUGGAAGACCACCAUCGAAUUUGGUGGAAAAUUCCGAGUGGCGCUGGACCCAACCAACGAAAUCUGGAGUUCCAACCAGAAAUUACUUCAGAGAAAUAGUCACUACGAUUUUCAUUCCUGGAAUUAUACUUAUAAUUCUAUUAGGGGUCUUGAGCACGGCCUUGUGUCUUCAUCACGACAAAUUGAUCGAUCCAGAAUCAGACAAAUAUUUCCAUGAACUGUUUAACCUUUUCCUUGAUCAAAAAGAGAUCGCGAGAGAAAAAAAAGAACCAUCUCCAGUAGAGGAGCAUGGAACUAAUGGUGUUCAAAUGGUGCAAUAUGCAACAUCCAGUAAAGGAACAUUGAGAUCACUCUCUACUCAGCCCACAAGUCCGAGCAAUUCUUUGUCUCGUAGUCCAAAAACUACCGUUGAGAGGACCAAUCCAUACAUUCGACCGAACCCUCCCCCUUAUAUGGGGCCCAACAACUUACUUCGACUUCACGAGGAACCAGCAAAGACGUGGUUUUGCUGAAAAUUCAAAUUCAACUGAAAUUCAAAAACAUUCAUAUAUAUGUUUAUAUUAAUAAAGAAAUUUUUGCGAUACAAUGUUCGUAUUAUAAAAUACAGUAAUAAUAAAGUUAUGUUUUUUCUAAACUAA